AUGUCCAUGAGAUUCCCUCCCUUCCCACCUGUACCCGACGGCGUCACCAUCACGCCCUUUGAAGCCUUUGUUCCAUCUGGUUAUAAACAAAGUGCACCAGACUCGGGAGUCGAGGUGGACAGUUGUGAUAUCCCAACGGUAAAGAUAGAUACUGAAGAGGAAGUUAUAAAGAAAAGGAAGGACAAGAAAAGAAGGCGUAAUGCUGGGCAGGGCACGGAUGCAAGCGGCAGACUUGUACCAUGGUGGGAGGAGUGGGAGGAGGGCGAAGAAUCAAGGACGACGAGCUAUCCUUUCAAAAGUUCCAUGAGUCUUGUCGAUCGGGUCCAUCAGGCUGCGGAUGAUUUCAGGAUCGGUCGAACUUGGCCACCCCUUGCAGGAGGUGUCAGGGCGAUAUGGGACCAUUUCCGUUUACACGUCGGUCUUCUCGCCACUUUACCUAUAUAUCGUAAACCCAAAAGUGGAAGCAAAGGUCUUGGGGGAGGCGAACUAUCGGAUGAAGAAGAAGAAACUGGGCCUCAAGCAAAACAUCUUAACCCAGCAAUCAUUCAAGAUAUCCUAGAGGAAAUCCCGCAUCCCGGUAAAGAGCUGGAGCCUCAAGAUGAAACCAGUGACCUCCGACUUGGCUUGCUACGACAAUUUAUCGAUGAUAUGGAGACGUCUACGAAAAUAUUCUUAUCGUUUUACUUGAGGGAAAAAGGGUUAAUAUGGACUGACCGCAAUUUAUCCAUAGCACCUACUCUUCUCCACUUCUUCCUCCGUUUUAUGUUGCGCAAUGGAACUUUCAGUGAAUCAAAAGAACACGAGGAUAAUCUGAAGCGUGCGAUAAACAUUACGAAACUUGCAGAGAAGGAACUGCCUCUCACAUCCAAAAUUGCCAAGUUACUUCCCGAUAAAAUCAGCGAGGCCUGCGUGGGGUGUUGGGGGAAAAUGGGUGGCUUGACCUUUCAAGCAAGUGCCGCAGAGUCUCUGCCAGAGGACGAAGAUGGGAUCACUGACGAGUCGACUGAGAAGAUCGCCCUCGAUCAAGAAGACGAAGGCGUCAAAAAAUUCGCUGAAGAUCUUAAAAGUACAGCAGUCGAGAUCAUCCCAUCCGAUGCCCUGUUCGUCGAAGGCGUUGCAAGGCAGAUCGCGGAUGAUAACAUCGGUUCUGAUGUCCACAUAGAAACGGCCACCCUCGAUGAUAUCGUGAUGGGCGAAAAUAGUUCCGACUUAUUGGAUAAUACUAAUACUGUGCAUGAUACAGCUGGAUUUGAUGCUGAACAGGAAUCGGCGAGUCAUGACUGGACAGUGAUGAUUGAUGAGGAACUCGCGGCUUCGGCGUGGACUAAACCUUCUGCAACAUCGUUGCUUGCUUUCCUCGGACCCACGACUUUCCCGCUUACGCACACAACAGGUAUCGUCGAAUUCUCGACGCGGCGAAUCGUAGAAAUAUUACCACCUAUGUCCACGCACCCUCUCUCAAUUGACAGUCCACAGGAAGGUGUAGAGGGAGAGCUGAAGAGGCAGCUCGCACGUAUUGUGAUGGAGCCCUGGAUUAAAGCUGCGCAAGAGGAAGAUCUAGACCCAGACAUCGGGAAGCCUAUGAUCAUGCCCACUUCACGGGGCUCUGUCGUUCAAAGCUCCUCGGAAAAAGAAGGCGAGGACGUGCAUGCUGAUGUAGAUGCCGUGUCGGUGCGCAGCAAUGAGGGAGUGUUCGAUCCUCAUCGCGACGUUCUCACUGUUCUCGUUGAUCCUUCGACGGUCCAGCAUCUGAGCGCAGGUAUGGGUUUAGCUGCUACCUGGGUUGAGAUCGCUCGGUGUGAGGAUGCGAGGGAAAUUGAAUCACGGGGGGGAAAUAAGGCAGCUCACGCGAGUGACGGAUUGUGGUAUAUGGAAGAUGUGGUCGGUAUUUUCUCUAGUUUCCACACUAAAGGCGAGUAG